ACGAGAAGUGAAACAAACCACUCCCGUUAUUAUGGACAGGGUCAGGGAUCUCUGGGAAAAGAUGGCAGCUUCCUGUGUGUACCUCGGAUUUACUUUUCACCAAGGACGGAAUCAAAACAGUUGCAUGUAGAUAUCUUCCCUAUCGCCUCAACCUGAUAAUUCAUAUACUUAAACUUUACCAAGAUUUACCAUGGAGAACACCGGGAGCAUCGACAGUCUAGGCUCGAAACGAUCCUCGUCAAGGCAGCCGAGUGUUGAUUCAUUGUCCAGCUUAUGCCUGCCCAUACCAUAACCCCACCACCACGGGGCACUCUGUUCACAACUUUGACAUCAGCAAACUGCUCGGUACAGUUGAAACCGGGAUUCAUCCAUGAAGAGCACACCUCUCCUCCAGUGGCCAUCGAAGUACCUCCACCUCUCGUUCUGACCAGUCCACUCACGCUGCCAAGCCCACCUUUGCAAUGUCUUCUGACAAUGUGUCCAUCUCAACAGAGUUUUCCCCAGAGGGCAGACCUAAAGCGGUUGCCAAGGGGCUCAGGGAUUCAAAAGAAGAACCACAGUUACUACCAAAAGAAAGUGUGCAAGACAUGGCCAAAGAUGUCACCUACAUCUGUCCUUACAUCGGUGCACUGAGAGGGACAUUGACUGUCACCAACUACAGAUUGUUUUUCAAAUGCACAGACAGGGAACCAGCGUUUGUGCUGGACUUGCCCCUGGGGGUAGUGAGCCGAGUGGAGAAGAUAGGAGGUGCAUCUAGCCGUGGUGAGGUCUCCUACGGGCUUGUCUGCAAGGAUAUCCGUAAUCUGCGGUUUGCACACAAGCAGAUGGAGGAUUCACUCAGAAAGUCCAUUUUCGAAAUCCUGAUGAAAUUUGCCUUUCCUGUUUCUAAUGGUCUGACAAUCUUUGCCUUUGAGUAUGGGCAGGUCUAUCCUGAAAAUGGCUGGAAAGUGUAUGAUGCUCAAGCGGAAUACAAAAGACAGGGCUUACCCAACGAGAGCUGGAGGAUAACUAAAGUGAAUGAUCACUACGAGCUGUGUGACACUUACCCAUCAACCCUGGUGGUGCCUGUUAACAUCCCAGACGAGGAGUUGAAGAGAGUGGCUGCCUUCAGAGCCAAGGGCAGGAUACCUGUGCUGUCAUGGAUUCACCCAGAGAGCCAGGCCACAGUGAUCCGCUGUAGUCAGCCCAUGGUCGGAGUCAACGGCAAGCGCAGCAAAGACGAUGAGAAGUACCUCCAGACCAUCAUGGAUGCCAACGCUCAGUCCCACAAGCUCUUCAUCUUCGAUGCCAGGCCUAGCGUCAAUGCUGCUGCCAACAAGAUGAAAGGGGGUGGCUAUGAGAGUGAGGAUGCCUAUCAGAAUGCAGAAUUGGUGUUCUUGGACAUCCACAACAUCCACGUGAUGAGGGAGUCACUGCGCAAGCUGAAGGAGGUAGUCUAUCCCAACAUCGAGGAGUCCCAUUGGUUCUCCAACCUCGAGUCCACUCAUUGGCUGGAACACAUCAAGCUGAUCCUGGCUGGGGCGCUGCGUAUUGCUGACAAGGUGGAGUCAGGGAAGACGUCAGUGGUGGUUCACUGCAGCGAUGGGUGGGACCGUACUGCCCAGCUCACCUCCCUGGCCAUGCUGAUGCUGGACGGACACUAUCGCACCAUCCGCGGCUUCCAGGUGCUGCUGGAGAAAGAGUGGCUGAGCUUCGGCCACCGCUUCCAGCUGAGGAUCGGUCAUGGGGAUAAGAACCACACAGACGCAGACCGCUCGCCUGUCUUCCUGCAGUUCUUAGACUGUGUGUGGCAGAUGACCCGUCAGUUUCCUGCAGCCUUUGAGUUCAACGAAUACUUCCUGAUCACCAUCCUGGACCACCUGUACAGCUGCCUGUUUGGGACGUUCAUGUGUAAUAGUGAACAGCAGAGGGUGAAGGAGGAGCUGCCCAAGAAGACCGUUUCCCUGUGGGCCUACAUCAACAGCCAGCCAGAGGAGUUCACCAACCCUCUGUAUGUCAACUAUUCCAACCAUGUGCUGUUCCCAGUGGUCAGCAUGCGCCACCUGGAGCUCUGGGUGGGCUACUACAUCCGCUGGAACCCUCGCAUGAGGCCGCAGGAGCCUGUUCACCAGCGCUACAAGGAGCUGCUGGCAAAGCGGGCAGAGCUUCAGAAGAGGGUGGAGGAGCUGCAGCGAGAGGUGACCAAUCGCUCUGCCUCCUCAUCCUCUGAGAGGGCGGGCUCUCCCACCCGCUCCAUUACUCCAGUUCAGACCUUUGUCUGACAGGCAGACAGACAAAACCCAGGGGGAUUGUGACCGGAAGCUUAUAGUGGACGGCUGAGGACAGAGGCCCAACUCCUAUAGGAAGCAAAGCAACCAACAAGUGUCUGUAGAAACCGCAUAUUGGCCUUUGGCUGCUCCACCUCAACAGCUGAGGUCGUAUAGAGUCAGAACCGUAGAGUGAGAAUAACAACAUUAGUUUAUAUCUCUAUGGUCAGAACCUUCUGCUGCACCAAACAGAGCUGCCUUUGUUUCCAACCACCUUGCUACAGCCAUACUACACUCCACUGACCUCUGCUGCCAGGGUCAAGAGAACUGUAACAUAUCAUCAAAUAAGUAUGAAAUAUCAUAUCAGCUUACUUACAUACAGUAUUACAUUUAUUCUAAGUGAUAAGUACACUAAUCAAUUAAAGAUAAAACAAGCAACACACUAAAAGUAAAAGCUCAAUUAAUUCCUCCAUUGUUAAAGCAGGGUGGAGAAUUCUUCCAAAAAGGCAGGCUAUUUAAACAAAUGUAUGUUUAUUUCUACUUGACAUAAUCCAAAUCGGGUUUGAGGUCAGAAUUGUCUCCACUAAUGGUUUUGGAGUUGAGAAAAUAGUUACUGAAUGGAUUUUGAAUGGACACAUUUUGACCAAAUAGGUGUGAAUGAGUCAAUGUGGGCAUGGGUGGCUGUAUUGUUAGUCAUGUAUGACAUUCCAUCUGAUGAGUAUGUUGAUGUUUUUAAGCUGUCGAGUUCCUUUUAUUAGCAAGUUAACUGCAUAUUAUUUUCAGUCUCGUAGGUUGUGUGUAUAGUUUACAGUACACCAUAUACUUAUAGGCUUACACUGAGUUCUGAAUCUCAUUCCUAAUUGAUUAGGUUAUAACUUGAGUGCUUUUUGACUGCAAAGACCAGUUAAUCAUAUAAUACAUUGAAUUGUUGCAAUGAGUGGUCAUCUUGACUUAGUUAAAUAUUGUUAACCAUAAGCAUGAAGACUGAUCUGUAUACCAUCCCUCACUCCUACAGCAAAGAUGGUGGAAUAGUGUUGGAAAUCUUUAUGAUAUGGACUAGUCUAGACAAGUCUAGCUAGAGUUAUGCUGUGCAGUGCAUCAUGUAUAGGGAGGAGGGAUAGUGUUAGAGGGUAGCUAUAUGAAUGUAUGUUAGAAUCUUGGCCCUGUUUCAUCGGCUUGUGUGUAUAUUGUGGUGAUUUCUGCGAUUAACAUCACGUUGCAGACUGCUCACUCAGAAAAUGGAUAAUCAGGAUUGACCAUGUGCAUUUAAUGGUUUAGUUAGGGUUUUAAAAUGAACUGUAACCAAGUGCUUCUUGAAAGGUCAUACUCACAGGUUCUUAAUAAAUGCUGCAUAUGUA